UUGAAGCACAGUUCUUGAUACGAUGUCUGGUCGAGGUAAAGGUGGCAAAGGACUGGGAAAAGGAGGCGCCAAGCGCCACCGUAAGGUUUUACGGGACAACAUCCAGGGCAUCACGAAGCCGGCCAUCCGCCGUCUGGCCCGCCGCGGAGGUGUCAAGCGCAUUUCUGGGCUCAUCUACGAGGAGACCCGUGGAGUGCUGAAAGUGUUUCUGGAGAACGUGAUCCGCGACGCCGUGACCUACACGGAGCACGCCAAGCGCAAGACGGUCACGGCCAUGGAUGUGGUGUAUGCGCUGAAACGCCAGGGCCGCACUCUCUACGGCUUUGGCGGCUGAGCUUGUC